UAAACUUUUAAUCGCUGGAUUAUUUCGACUGCAAGCCACGGUCACUCUGGCAGAAUCAACAUAACGGACGCGUUCGCGGCGCAAUAAAAACGAAAAAUAAUUAAAUUAUUCCAUAACUCUUCUGCGACAGCACGGAAAAACAUCCAGGCAUAUCAAGGCCGACAAAUAUCGCUAUUAAAUAGCACAGCUGAAAGCGAUUCGUGCAGCACGUCGUUGAAUUGAAUUUAAUUCGUUAUGGGAAAGUGCCUUGGUGUGUGUGUGCGUGCGUAUAAUUAAGCAAAAGUAUUUAGCAAAUCGAAGGCGCACAUUUCGCAAUACACGCUGCGAAAUAAUCGGGUGAUAAUUGUCGCAGCUGCAGGCGCACUUCCUUCUCCAUCUCCUGCUUUCUUCGUUUUUGUCUCUGCGGAUACGUGCUACUACUUUUGCAGCUGCUGUUCAGCUAUUUAGCGCGAGUGUGUGAGUGCGCUCCGCUGCUGCUGCUGUUGUUGUUGUUGUUUUUGUUGGCUCACCUCUCGUUAACCACCUUGAAUGCGAGUGAGUGAGCGAGAGGGGGUGAGAAGAGUGCAAAGUUGAUGCCCGCGAGUGUGCGCGCGUCUCUGUGUGUGUGUGUGACAACAAAUUGAGUGCGACUGUGUGCGUGCGGCAUUAGUCACUCUCUUUAACUUUUAACUGUUUUGGUCCAGCCUUUGCGAACUAAAAAGGCAAAGACAAAAAAAACCCACUAAGCCAGCUUUGCGGAUCGGUUUUUUCUUUUUUUGAAUCGAAACGAAUCGGAUCGGAACGAAUCGGAAAUCACCAAAAGAUAGCAUGACCAUUCCAUCGAGACCGGCGCCCGCUCCGCCCGGAUCACGUGGCCAGAGCGCCGCGGCUGGAGCGAAUGCCAGCCUGGAGCAGCUGCGUCUCCAGCUGCAGCAGCAACACCUGCAGCAACAGCAAGCGGCCGGCGGUGGACUCCAGAAGCUGACCAUCAAGCUACCGCCACCGCCCAAGGGUCCGCUGCAGUCGCAGCACAAGCGGACCGCCGUCAGCAACAAUAACAACGGCAGCCUCUUCGACGAGCCAACGGGCGGCACGAGCAUCACGCGGAAGUUUCCACAGGCGCGCUACACGCCGGCCACCAACUGGGACGACGAUCCAUUUGGUGGCGGGAGCAACGGAAAUGAUCGCUUCAAGAAGAUGCCACCGCCGCGACCGCCGCCGCCCAAGGUGCUGGUCAAUGGGCAGAACAUGGCCAAGUCCAACUCCUCGAUGGCAUCGGCGGUCACUGGCGGCACUGGCAGACUCAUGUCGAACAUUUUCCAUCGCAAGAAGUCGACGUCCACGGCAUCCGCCGCUGCUACCAAGGCCGCAGCGGAAAAUCGUGUCUACGGCCUGAGCAGCGGCAAUGCCGGUGCAGCACCAAGCUACAACAGCAGCAGCAGUGCAUCGUCGGCGGCCUUUAGCAAUGUGGAUUGGAAUGCAGCGUGGAACACGGCCACCACUACUACAACUACCACCUCGAGCAGUAUCCACAGCUCCCAUUAUGCCUCGCAGCAGACGGCCGAUGCGCAGCUCAUCAGCUUCGAUUCGCCGCCCUCGUCGCCCACCUUUACCCAGAAGUCCAACAGCGACUGCGUCAGCGUGGACAGCUUCAGUUCGGACAGCAACUUUAGUUCGCCGAACAAUGGCAGCGUUUCGCAGCCGGAGAGCGGAUUCGAGGACGAUUAUCAUCGAUCACGACCCUCCACACAGAGCCCGCUGGAUCCGUGGGAGGCGGUGGAUAGCGUUGGACUCGGGGGAGUCGAUAGCUUUGGCUCCGCCCCAGUGCGUCAGACGUACCAAGUGCAGUCGCGCAGCUCGGACAAUCCGCUGUGCAAUGGCAAGAGUCUGUUGCCGCCCACUCAAUCGCUUACCAUGCCUACCAUCAUCAAGCCCAAGAUAUCGCAAAAACCAAAGGCUCCGAAACCACCGCCAUUUAUUGGAGGCCAUUUGCCGCCGGGUUACAGCAUAUCAUCAGGUUACGCAGGAUCGGAGACACCACCAUCGCCGCCGAUGCCCAAAGGACCACCACCACCACCGCCGACAUCUAGCGCAGGAAUCUCACUGCUGGACGUGAUCAACGGCAAAGUAGAUGCGCUAACGCUCAGCAACGGAUGCCAGGGCUACAUGGAGGAGGAAGUGGUUCCUUACGCCGUUGCGCUUUAUGAUUUCGAUGGCAUUGAGCCGGGCGAUCUUAGUUUUAGAGAAGGCGAGAAAAUCUAUCUGUUGGAUCAUCCCACGCCGGAGUGGUUGCGCGGACGCACGCGUUCCGGAUGUGAAGGCAUUUUUCCAAUCAACUACGUGGACAUCAAGGUGCCAUUAGGGGCCACUGGUGGCGUUGCUGCAGCUCCAACUGCUAGUGCUGCAGCACCGUCACCCAGUCCGUCACAACAGCAACUGCCGACGGCGCUUUGUUUGUAUCACUUUCCGGGUGAAGUCGAAGGAGAUCUCGCCUUGCAGGAGAACGAAUUGGUCACAGUGCUUUAUAGGAUUAACGAGGACUGGCUGUACGGCGAGGUGGCGGGUCGUCAGGGACAGUUUCCGGCCAACUUCCUGGACCAGGUGCCCGCCAAUCUGCCUACUUUGUAACCAUAAUUAGCACCCGAUCUUUAACGAUCUAUUAAUUGUAUACCCGAAACAUUGUCGAUAAGCGAGUAGAUGUCGAGCGAACUGAAUCAUAUACACACACAUAUAUAUAAUUGUAUUUUUACUAUAUUCUUUUCGAAAAAUCUUGUGAAUCGAGCAUAUAGUCUAAGACAACUAGCUUGUAAGCGAAAAAUCGAAAAAUGUUUUAUAUGGGUGCACUGGAAACAUGCCCAUCCCCUCCUACCCGCUUAUACACGGGAUCGAUUUAUUGAUUUUAUGUUCAAGCCGCGAAUGGAACUGUUUUGUUAACUGAAUAAUUCUAUGUGUAUGUAUUAGAAAUGAUUUGCUGAUCCUUAAAGUAUUCGCCCAGCCCCAUAGACCCCAACCCAAUAGAGCAGGCAAAAAAUAUUGUAUAUAAGUUAAAAUGUACGUGAUUUCUAUUAAUGUUUAAUUAUUUAAAUUGAGUUUAGUUAGACGCUUAGUUAGGCACAUUUACAGAUUCCAAUUUACGAUGCAAGCCGUUUGUUUAUGUAUGUAUUAAUAAUUUCUUCAAGUGCUUAGGGCAGUUCAUCUCCGAGUGCGAAGAUGAAUGGUUAUUUAUUUGUCCCUUGCAGAGUGCUACUCUCACAAUUCGUAGGACUUAUCGCUAAUAAAAAAUAUCAGGAUAUCCUAGCAGUGAAGAAUGUAAACCGAAAUAAAUGAAGAUGAUCACAACAA